AUCCUGAUGAGGAAACAAGUUGAUGUCCGGGUCAAAGUCCCACAGGUGGUGGAGGUGGAUUCAGGGGAGGAGUCUGUCCUGCUGCCCUGGAGAACCACAGUUACCCUGCCUGGAGAUGCUAGAGUGGAGUGGAGGGACAGAGGAGACAGGGUGGUCCAUGUGUAUGAGAACGGUUCUGAUCAUCCAGAAGAACAGCACCAGUUCUACAGAACCAGAACCAAGAUGAAUGAAGACAUGCUGAGAACUGGAGACCUCAGUCUGACUCUGGAACACCCCACAGAUAGAGACACUAACAUCUACACCUGCAUCGUCUCCAGAGGGGAGAACAUUCUGAUGAAGAAACAAGUUCAUCUCAAGGUCAAAGUCCAUCAGGUGGAGGUGAAGCAGGGGGCGGAGUCUGUCCUGCUGCCGUUCAUAACAACACCUGGGCUGCCAGGAGGAGCUAGAGUGGUGUGGAUAGACAAAGACUACAGGAGGGUCCAUGUGUAUGAGAACGGUUCUCAUCAGCCAGGAGAACAGGAUCAGCUCUACAGAAACAGAACCAAGAUGGAGGCAGACCUGCUGAGAACUGGAGACCUCAGUCUGACUCUGAUGAAUCCCACAAUGAGAGACAGUGGAGACUAUGAAUGUGAUGUCUGGAAGGAUGGAGAAGUACUGAGAAGGAAAAAAAUUCUUCUCACAGUCAAAGCACGGAGAGUUCAGGUCCAGAACCAACCAGAGGACAUCAGGACCAGAACCAGCUCCACUGAAAUGACUCCUCUGAAUCCUGUUCUAUCAGUCUGAUCUGUUCGUUCAUCAAUGAUAUGUUCUUGAUCCAAUCGGACCUUGGUUCUCAGUGAAGGUUCUGAUGGAUGAAGAACAGAGGACUCUUCAUCAGCUGCUGUCUCUGGGUCCAGUCUACAGACUCUGUAUUGGUCAGGAUUAAUGACUGAGAGCUUGAAGCUGGUUCUGGUAGCAGAAUCUGACCCAGAACCCCGACCCAGAACUCUGAUCCAGAAUUCUAACACAGACCCACGGAACCAGGUCCACUUGAGGAGGACAGGACAGCUGGAGGUUUGAUGUGUUCAAGGUGAGGAGAAACGGUGGGAAUUAUUAACGCUGCAGUCAGAACCUAGACCCAGAAUUCUAACCCAGAACCCUGAUCCUGAUCCAGAACCAGCCUCCAGCUCCUGAGGAACAGUCUCUCCAUCAUUAUUUUCUGUUUAGUUCACAUCCAGACCCAGAAAAAGUUUAAAUGGUGGAAAGGUGAAACCUUUGGUGCCUUCAGGGUUUCUGUCAGAUCCAGUUUUCCUCCAAAGUCAGGAUAGAAGUUCUGAGCUUUAGUUUGAUUCUCUAGCAGAGAGAGAUGGUUCUGGUCCGUCAUCAGAACCUCAUUUCUCAGCAGCAGCUCACAUCUUCUCUCAGUAGUUCUGAUGUUUAGUCCGGCCUCAGCCCAGGAUUUAAACUCUGAUGAACCUUUUCUACUUCUGUUACUUUCAGCUGUUCUAGUUUAGAUUUAGCUUUAUGUCUGAUUUUUAGGAAUGAAAAUAUUAGUUAGAUUAAACCUGAUGAAUCAAUUAUUUCACUAAUUAAUUCAUCACGAUUAAUCUUAUGCAGCAUUUUAUAUUUAGAUUUUAUGUAAAAUUAACUUUUAUCAUUUGAUAUGAAAAACCUUCUUUGUCUGUAAAUCUGAUCCAUCCAGAAAUUCUUAGUUGCUUUUAGGAGCAUUUAGCUUCACCUGGUUCACAUUUUUUAAGGAAAAUCUGCAUUUAAGCAUCUUUCUCUGUCAUAUAAUUAAUCCCUUAGUAAAAAGUCAAAAGAUGAAGCAAUUACCUAAACAAUCUUUAGCUGCAGCCACAGUUAUAUUGUCUUCUGCUCUGAGCCAGAACCCUGACCCAGAAGGAUAGACAAAACAGGGAUGACAAAAAUUUCCUUACAUCACCAUGUUUUGAA